GGGAGCUGUUCGCUGGCUUUUCCUACGUGCGCAGCUGCUCGCCCAUCGCCUUCUCUCCCUCCACCGCGAGCAACGGGGUGGACAUCACCGGGAUGGACAGCGCGGGCAACAUCGAGGAGGAAGAGGACAACACCGACGACGACGAGGAGGACACGGCGUGACUCGCGGCCGUGGGGUGUGCUGCUCAAGAUUGGCGUGGAGGUGCCCUCCGUGAAAGAAAAGUAG